AUGGCCUCCUCAACCCGCCAGUUCGCCCGUGCGGCCAUGCGCACCACCACCCGCAACGCCUUCGUCGCCGCCCCGCGCACCGCCUUCCGUCAACAGGGCCGCCGAUUCUACUCUUCUGAGCCCUCCAAGAAGUCCAGCUCGUCCCUCAUCUGGAUCGCCGGUGCUGCUGCCGCCGGUGGCGCUGGUCUCUACUACUACAUCCAGCAGAGUGGCUCUGUCGCCCCCAAGGUCUUCACCCCCAAGCAGGAGGACUACCAGCAGGUGUACAACGAGAUCGCCAAGCGAUUGGAGGAGAAGGACGACUAUGACGAUGGCAGCUAUGGCCCCGUCCUGCUGCGUCUGGCCUGGCACUGCAGCGGUACCUUCGAUAAGGAGACUGGCACUGGUGGUAGCAACGGCGCCACCAUGCGUUUCGCCCCGGAGUCUGACCACGGCGCCAAUGCUGGUCUGAAGAUCGCACGAGAGUUCCUCGAGCCUGUGAAGCAAAAGUUCCCUUGGAUCACCUAUUCUGAUCUCUGGAUUCUUGGUGGUGUCGCUGCCGUCCAGGAGAUGCUUGGUCCCAAGAUCCCUUACCGCCCAGGACGAACAGACAAGGAUGUCUCUGGCUGCACCCCUGACGGCCGUCUGCCCGACGCUGCCCAGGGUUACGACCAUCUCCGCAACAUCUUCUACCGCAUGGGUUUCAACGACCAGGAGAUUGUCGCUCUCGCUGGCGCACACGCCCUGGGUCGCUGCCACACUGACCGAAGCGGCUACGAUGGUCCCUGGACCUUCUCCCCCACUGUUCUGACCAACGACUACUAUAAGCUCCUGCUCGAUACAAAGUGGGAGUACAAGAAGUGGGACGGCCCCAAGCAGUUCGUCGACAAGCCGAGCAAGUCCAUCAUGAUGCUGCCGGCCGAUAUGGCCCUGACUCAGGACAAGAGCUUCAAGAAGUACGUCGAGGCCUAUGCCAAGGACAACGACCUGUUCUUCAAGGACUUCAGCAACGUUAUCGUAAAGCUGUUUGAGCUCGGCGUACCCUUCUCCCAGAGCGAGGACCAGAGAUGGGUCCUGAAGAACCUGGAUGAGUAA